AAUAAGCUUAAGGGCGAAUCUGAGGCGAAGAAGAAUAGUGAUAAGCUCGACGGAGGUUCUAAUCUGGAGCCGCAGAAGACUCGACAAGAGAUAAUUGAAGAGAGGAUUGGCUAUAAUCCCAGACCAAGACGACCUAAUUAAUAAUUAUGGAGAGUCAGUCGAGUCUGCCGUACCAGAUACUGCUGUACUUAAAUGGCUGGUACAUCGCAGCUUUUUUGAUUCUGGAAGUUUUGUUACUGAUAUUCAAGACCUUGGUCCUGCCUUAUCCUGCUGGAAAUGUUGUUGCAGAAGUGUUCCUUCUCCUGUUCCUCUGCGGCACGGAAUCUGUACGUAUUUUCAUGGGGAAGAAAGGCAACCUGACAGAAAGAAUUAUAUCGGUACUGCUGUCAGUGAUCUUUAGCGCUCCCUCUGUGCUAGCCUUGUUAUAUCUGCUUUUGUGGCAAACAUACGUGUUACGCCUGGAGGUGAUCCUUAUAGCUGUUGCACUUGUGUUUCAGGGAUUCGAACUUGUUUUUGCAUUUUUAGCAAUUGUCACUAUUAAUAAAUCUGGUGGAUAUUAGUGCUAAGUGUAAACUAGUUUCAACUGGGAUAGGAUUCCACUUUUUUUAUGUGGAAGAUAUUUUUCUUUUGUCUUGCCAGCAUUUGGAUUUGAAGAGAUGUGUUUGUAAAGUGUGUGUCAGUAAUAGUGUGGUAAGAUGGUCCUCCCGUCUCCUGUUGGAUGUGUUCCUUCUCCCGUUCCUUUAGGCCGCAGAAUUUGUACGUAUUUAUAUGGGGAAGAAGGGGAACGUAACAGAAAGAAUUACAUCCGUACUACUGCCAGUAAUAUUUAAUGCACUCUUCGUGCCAGCCUUGUUGUAUCUGCUUUUGUGGCAAAUGUACAUGUUAUGCCUGGAGGUGAUAGUUGUAGCUGUUGCUCUUCUGUUUCAGGGAUUCAAACUUGAAUAUGCAUUUUUGGCAAUUGUCAUUAUUAACAAACCAGGUGCAUAUUAGUGAUGUAUGUUAAUUAGCUUGAGCAGUGUGAACCGGUGUUAUUGUGGUAAAAUAGAUAUGGUUUCUAAGUGAACAUAAUGAGUUCAGGCGAAAAAUUCAUAAUUAUAGCAUGUCUUUUGUAAUAAUCCAAUUUUUUGAUAAUACAUUUUGAGUCUUGCAAGGAUCUGAACUUGUCUAUGCAUCUUUGGCAGUUGACACUAUUAAAAAAAAUAUGGUGGAUAUUAAAAUCUAGCAUAAAUUAGUUGUAGCAGGAAUAAUAGGCCAAUUUUUGUGUGGAAAAUAUUUUCUUUUAUGUCUUGCUAGCAUUUUGAUUUGGUGAGAUGUAAGUGUGUGAGGUGUGUAUCAGUGGUAUUUGGGUAAAAUAGAUCUUGUAAAUGUGUUCAAGAGAAAAAGCAUAGUUAUAGCAUGUCUUUUGUAAUGAUGCAAAUUUUCCAAUAAAACAUACGCGUGAAAA